GUAAGUAGCCGGUACCAUGGGAGGUUGAUAGAAGGAACGGAGGGCUCUGGUGAGCGGACUGAGGGAUAAUGAAGGGGAAUCGGCGUGCAAUGGGGAUCGAGAAUAUCUUGGGCUUUGAAGGUGCUGGACGUCAGCGCCGUUCUACACGGCGGGGAAUGCGGCUCGUAGACUUGGAAGUGGGGCAUUGUAUGUGCCCCCAGCCUCUUCAAUUUAGCCACCUCCGCCAACUUGAAACAAGAUAGCGCAGCAAUUCCAUAGAGCAAUACCGAGAAGGAUAUAGAGUGAGAAAACGACUUGACACGAGAUGGUCGAAUUCUCGUGAGAUACGACAGACCGAGAGUAGGCCGAGUUCGGUUUCGCAAGAGACAAGCUCCGCGAGCCACGAUUGCACUCAAUGACCAGAAUCUUCUUCGCACCGAACGCUGCACGCAGCCGCUCAUACGUCCCCGUCUGCACCACUUGUGACUCUGCGCGCCCACUGCGGCAUGAGCGUCCGCGUGGACAACCAGGUCUGCAGGCAGAACCUUUGAGGAGGACGCGAUACGGCCGGGAGCACGGCAGAGGAUCUCGCCAAGUCCCCGCGACGCCUUUCAACACCACCACUCCAUCCUCUCGGCGGACGGCUGAGACCCAAAGCUAUGGCAUACGUUGGCGCACGCCGCAGCUUGGGGUCCCACUCGUCCGCGUCUCCGAUGCCCCCCAGGAGCGGGACGGGCCCCGCACCCGGGUACAUGAACUGGUGUGACUUUGCGGGUCACGUCGCUUCGCCCCUUAGGACGAGCCCCAGCUCGGGGCGAUCUUGGAGGACUUGAAUUCUCGGGCCUUGGCCCGCUCGCGAGAGAGGCCGCGCGGAGGCAGCCUGUGCGGGGCGAGCGUCGUGGCCUUCG